UGACGAAUUUAAUUCCUAUUGUUUGACCAGCUUAGUUUCGAUAUAGUUACCAUUACGCAUGAAUAUGUGAUGCGUUUUCUAUUAUGUGAUGAUGAAAGUAAAUUAGAGAAAGUACGUCACUUCUCGAAUCGAGUGACAGGCAAUUUAGGGUUGGUUGUGGGGUUCGAGUAAACUAUGAAAGUCAAAUUAAAAUUUUUAGGACUAAAUUGAAAUGAAGUCAAAAUAUGAAACAAAUUUGAAGUUUUAUAUCAAUAGUUUCAAAUUGAAACGUCAAUCUGAACAUAGUUCAAGUGGUUAAAGCAUUAUCUCUGACCAAGAGAUCAUGAGUUCGAACCUCCAUCUUAGAAGAAUCUAAAUGAAGAAGAGAGAUUCUCGGCUUUGUUUAGGUGGGUUCCAUGAAUAAAAUGGACAUCCUUAUUCAUAAUGCAAUCAAUAACAGUGUUUAGAUCAUAAUUUAAUUAAAAACAUAUUUUAAUAUCAAAUUGUCUGGUCCAUGGUCUACCAGAGAGAAGGUUCGUAUUUGCAAAUUAAAGAUGCAAACUUUCCAAAUUCAGAACAGGGUGACUAUGAAGGAGUAGAAUCAGUCCUCAGCCUCUUUAACAAGAAAACAAAAACCCCAUAAGAUUCAAUCAAUUCAAAUACAGAUCCAUAAUGAAUGAACAUCUUCAUUUUCCUAUCCAAUUCUCUCAAAACUUUCAAGAAAUUCACUCCACAUUUUUCGGAAGAUAGAUAGAACAGAGUAAUUACAAAGAGAGAAAAAAUGAUCGGUUCUUUGCCUUCUGGAUAUUUUAAGAUAAUAUCACCAAUGUCUGGAAGAAGACUGUAACUUUUCUAUUGGGCGAUUGGUUUUGACUUUUGGAGCUGCGAAAAUUGGUGUCUUUAUUUGGAACUUUUGAGGGAAAAUCAGAAAACCGAAACCCCCAAAAUAACCCACAAAAAGAGAGAUCGAAUCCGUCGGUUGCACCGAGCCUCCGCCGCCGCCGCCGCCGCCGCCGCCGCCGUAUGAUCUAGAUAAAGAAGAUAGAAACGUACCCUUUUUUUAGAAACUUGAGGAACAGAUCUUUAACCCCACUUUUUUUGGGGUGUUUAUCUGUUUGUUGAUCUCUUAUUUGCUUGAUUUUCCCCUUCCUGCUUCAUCCUUGGUUUUCUUUUUGUUUUUUGCUUAUCAUUUUCUCUAUAAAUCCAUUUUCUUCUCUUCUUCUUCUUCAUCGUCUUCGUGUUUCGAUCGCUGCUACAAAAACAUGCCUGCCUUUUCUUCCAUUUUCGUUUCUCUCUUUGCCCUCUUCUCUCUUCUAGGGUUUGCGUCUUCAACAUCUCCUUCCCGAUCUUCAUUUUGCCCUAAAGAAUCAGAUGUCUUCCUCUGUGGUGUUCGAUCUCAAUGCCCCUCCUCUUUGAUUCCCAGCUCGCCUUUACAGGUGGCUGACAGUGACCUUGAUAGGACUUUGAGUUCUGACAAGAGGAUCGGGUACACAUCCGUGCUCUUUUAUGCUUCGUGGUGCCCGUUUUCUCUCCAUUUGCGCCACACGUUUGAAUCUCUCAGUUUCUUGUUUCCUCAAAUAGAACACUUGUUGGUUGAGCAGUCUUCUACACUACCAAAUGUACUCUCAAGAUAUGGAGUCCACAGCUUCCCAUCUAUAUUGCUAGUGAACGGGACUUCAUGUGUUCGAUAUCGUGGUCAGAAAGAUAUCCUUUCGCUUGUCCAUUUCUAUAAACGAGCAACAGGAUUAAAACCUGUUCCAUAUUAUAAUGAUCACGAGUUAGUUGCAAUCGAGAGUUUUGGAAAGCCGAUAAUCCAACUGCCGAAGACUACUUCGUCACCAAACAACAUUUUGAAGGGCGAACCGUUGUUGACAUUCUCCAUUGUAUUCAUCUGUCUUCGUCUAGCAAUUUCCAAAUUACCACAUGUUCUAUGUCACCUAAGCAACCUCUGGAGAUCCUACAAACCCCACCUAAAUUUGGAAAUAUUUGGCGAAACACGACAACUUAUGGGGUGCAUUCUUCACAUGGUCGAUAUAAGAAGGGUGUGGGCCAAGCUGAGGCUAUGCAAGACAAAGAACUUCCACAAGGGAGCAAGGAACGCUCGUGUUUGGGCAUCGUCUCUUGCAUCUGUCUCGUUGGGUGAAUCUUCAUCCUCGAGAUCGGCUUAGGUUCACCUAACUCUUGUAAAAUGACAUUUUACUUUCCUGGUGAAACCCUAAGUUGUUUUUCUUGUACUAGAGGGAGGUAGUAGUAGAGGGUAGUGGGAAGGCAUGUAAAUUUCACAAAUUGCUUCUCUUAUAUUGUACAUUAUAUACCCCAUUACACACAAUCAGAAGCAUGUAUAAAUCCAACCUCUGUUUUGUUUCUUCAA